AGUUGAAAUUUCAAACGGAUCAUACUCUAAAACACCCCAUCUAUACCGCGCUAGGGAAAGACACACACGUCAUCCGAGGGACUAGCCACACAUCAGAGACUCUAGCUAGAAUAGGGAAGUGAUUCGGUAGCAAAAAAAAAAACCCGCAGUCUAGCUCCGAGCGCCGCCCAACAUGUCCAACCACCAAAUGGUCCAGUACGGACCUAAACCCUUACAACCACUCAAUGAUAAAAUGAGACACGGCUUCGAUCAGGACUAUAACUCGGAGAAUUUCUUGAACUUGUUGGCCAACACCUUCUACAUCUACUUUGAUGAUAAGCGACAUAACACCAAUGGGAACCCAAUCACCGAGGAAAUGAAACGAUCACCCGAGCUCUACAAGACAUACCAGCCGAUCACGGACUGGAAAGUCAUGAAAGAUAGACAAAAGACCAUCUCGGCAGCCAUUGUGUUGUGUUUGAACUUGGGGGUAGAUCCUCCUGACAUCAUGAAAACGUACCCAUGUGCAAAGUUCGAGGCAUGGUGUGACCCUUCUCUUUAUCCGGACACCAAGAAGGCCAUCGAGAGCAUAGGGAAAACUUUACAACUGCAAUACGAGACCCUCUCUCUCAGAACUCGAUAUAAGCUCUCCUUGGACCCAUGUGUCGAGGACGUGAAACGGUUCUGUAACACGCUUCGUAGAAACGCCAAGGAUGAAAGAAUUCUUUUCCAUUACAAUGGCCAUGGAGUUCCUCAACCAACAGCCAGUGGGGAGAUUUGGGUGUUUAAUCGAGGUUACACCCAAUAUAUCCCUAUAUCUCUUUAUGACUUGCAGACGUGGUUGGGGGCCCCCGUGAUCUUUGUAUACGAUUGUAACAGUGCCGGGAACAUUGUUCAUAAUUUCAAAAAGUUUGUUCAGAAACGUAUUGAUGACGACAAUGAGGGGAACCACGACAUGAGUGCUCCAUCGCCAACUUCAGCAUAUCUCGACUGUAUCCAACUUGCUAGUGGAAAGAGUAACGAACUCUUACCUAUGCUGCCCGACCUUCCUGCUGAUUUGUUUACUUGUUGCUUGACUUGUCCUAUAGAGAUCAGUGUCAAAUGGUUCGUCAUGCAGUCUCCAUUGAGAAAGAACUACUACUCCAUGUUACCAAAGAACUCCAUUGGGAACGUGAUAAUACCCGGGAAGCUCACCGAUAGAAGAACCCCCUUGGGUGAAUUGAAUUGGAUCUUUACCGCCAUUACCGACACCAUUGCAUGGACUACACUCUCUAGACCAAUUUUUAAAAGGCUCUUUAGACAAGAUUUGAUGGUUGCGGCGUUAUUCCGGAACUUUCUCUUAGCCAAGCGGAUCAUGCCUCAUUUCAAUUGUAACCCUGUAAGUGACCCACCACUUCCUGAUUCUGUAAGAUUCCACCACAUGUGGGACUCUUGGGACUUGGCCAUCGAUCAAGUGUUCUCACAACUUAUCAAAAGCCAUAACUUGAAUACAAACAACAAUGUUGAUAAGAAUGGAUUCCCGGGAUUUUCCGCUACCAAUAAUAAGCAUAAUAGUAGCAACACCAAUGUUGCCAAUGGGUCUGGCGGGAACGGUACUGUAUCACAACAACUGCAGAAUCAAUCAGGUACUGGAGGAUCUUCUUCCGGAUCCAACAUGAGUAUUUCCAGUGGCGGUGUUUCGGGAACGAACGUCACUGGAGGGAUGGGAGGAGCAGGAGGAGGCAUUUCAUCAUCCAAUGCAGCAGCAGCAUCUCAACUUUCAAAUUAUCAACAUUCAACAUUUUUCGAACAACAACUUACGGCGUUUGAAAUAUGGCUCAAAUAUGCUGGGUCACUGACCAAGGAACCACCUGAACAACUCCCCAUUGUGCUUCAAGUUCUCCUUUCACAAGUACAUAGACUUCGAGCAUUGAUUUUACUUUCAAAGUUUCUUGAUCUAGGACCAUGGGCUGUGUAUCUCUCACUUUCCAUUGGUAUAUUCCCCUAUGUUCUCAAACUUUUGCAAAGUCCAGCACAAGAAUUAAAGCCAGUUUUGAUUUUCAUUUGGGCCCGGAUAAUGGCAAUUGAUUAUAAAAGUACUCAACAAGAACUUUGCAAGGACAAGGGAUACAAUUAUUUCUAUUUGAUUUUAAACUCCGCCCAGCCUCAAAUUGGAAGCUCUUCCAAUAUUUUAAUCAAUGAUGACCAUAAGGCCAUGAGUGCAUUUAUUCUUACUUUAUUUAUUAAGGACUUUAAGAAUGGACAAAGAUUGUGCUUCUCCAUUGAAUUGAUUAAUAACUGCUUGAAAUUUUUGUCCAGUAGCGAAAACCCUCUUCUUAGACAAUGGUGUUGUCUUUUAUUGUCACAAUUAUGGAUGGGCUACCCUGAUGGGAAAUGGAUAAUUUAUAAAGAUGGACAUUUGAAUAAGUUACUUCAAUUGAUUAAUGAUCCAAUUCCUGAAGUCAGAAGUUCGAUCAUUUUAGCGUUGACCACGUUUUUAAGUGAACCUGAACCCGCUACCGCCAGCAAUGCUAAUAGUGUUGGAGGCACCAAGUCUCCUUCUUCGCAUACACUUUCCAUCAAUGCUCUGGAUUUAAGAAGAGAUGAGUUGAAGCAACAAGAUUUGAAGCUAGCAAACACCAUAUUAAGUUUACUUGGAGAUGGUUCAUCGAUGGUUAGAAAGGAAAUUGUUUACUUUAUACGGAAGUUUAUUCAAAUUUACUCUAAGUUUUUCCUUGUUGUUGCAUUUAAUCAACUUGAAGAAGAAAUUGUUUUAAUUGAUAAUUCCAAUUAUCUCAAUGAAUUUAGGAAAAGAUCACCUGCUUAUGGGUCUAUUUUCAGUUCUAUUUGGAAAUCUUUAUUAAUUUUAUCAGAAGAUCCUCAUUUGGAUGUCAAACAAUUGGCAGAAACGCUUAUUGAUUCAGUGAUGGUACAACUUAAUGAGAGUGAAUUGGGUCAAUUAGUGAAAGAAAUGCAAGAGUAUUUGUUGAACAAAUCUACCAUUAAUAUCAGUGAAAGCUUCAAACCAAUUAGACCUAUAGUUAAUAGGCAAUUAACUUCCAUGAGAAAUGGAGGUGCACAUGCUAAUGGUCAUAAGGAAAUAAGGAGACAAGCAUCAAGUGGAUCUACACUUCAAAGAAAGGAAAACACUUUGACCAUCAAUAGAAUCCCCACCAGAUCUGUAUCAACUAGUAAUUUGGAUGAUAAUAGAAGUGUCACUUCUAAUGAAUCUUUAACUUCAAGAAUUAAAAACUUAUCAAUUUCCAAGAUUUUUAAAUCGUUCCAAAUUAACGAAGAAUCAGAAUUGAAGAAUUUUUCAAGAUUACUUAAUUUUGUUGGUCCAGUGCCUACAAAUUAUGGAUUAGAAUAUAAACCUAAAACCCCCAGAUUUAAAGAACGGGAUCUUUCUAUCAAACCAGAAUUGGCGCUGGAACUGGGAUUUUUCCAAUACUCAUGUGAAUAUUUCCAAGAGCCUCAAAUGUCAAAGAAUGAAAUCGAUGAACCAGGCUCCAAAGAAUAUGCCAAGAGAUUAUGGAGACGGAAUAGAAAUGAAUCAAUCAUUCAAGAAACUCAACCACAGAAGGAAAUGGCUGUUUAUGGAGAUUGGAAUCGAAACGUGAGUGUUAUGAAUAACAAAACCCAACCAAAACUUAUAAAAUUCACCCAAUUUGAAAAGAUAUUAGUUUCAUGUGAUGAAAAAGAUAAUAUUACCGUAUGGGAUUGGGAAUAUAAUUCCAUAGUCAAGAAAUUUCUGAAUGGUAAUCCAUUUGGUACUAAAAUUACUGACAUUAAGUUUUUAAAUGAAGAUGAUUUACCACUUCUUUUGACCGGUUCACUGGAUGGGGUGAUCAAGACAUAUAAAAACUUCCAUACAUACGAUGAUGACCAUCCAAUCGAAAUGAUUGCAUCUUGGAGAGCCUUGACGGAUUUAUUACUUACAUCCAAGAGUUCUGGAUUAAUUUCAGAAUGGCAACAAUCUAGAGGUUCCCUUUUGGUCAGUGGUGACGUUAAAAUCAUUAGAAUUUGGGAUGCUCCUCGAGAGCUUUGUUUGGUUGACAUUCCUGCUAGAUCCACCUCUUCCAUUACCUCGCUUACAUCAGAUCAAGUUGCAGGUAAUAUUUUCAUUGCUGGGUUUGAUGAUGGUAGUUUGAGAGUUUACGAUCGUAGAUUGGAUUCAAGAGAAUCUAUGGUUAAAACAUGGCAGAAAAAUAGACAACCAGGGGCUCCAAAUACGGGUACUGGAUCUAUCCGGAAUGUACACAUGCAAAGAGGAGGGUUUAGAGAACUCGUUAGUGGAUCUUCAGAUGGAUAUGUCAAUUUAUGGGACAUUAGACUCAAUGAUCCGGUUGCUACAUACACAAAUUCACCCGAGAAAUCUAUCCGAUGCUUAGAUGUUCAUGAACAUGCACCAAUUAUAACCACGGGGGCCAAAUCGGUGAAGCUUUGGACCACUUCAGGAGACAUGAUUUCUUCAUUGAAGAAUCCACACGACACAUAUCUUGCCAAUAGAACUUCCAGUUAUCUCUCAAGUGCCGUUUUCCAUCCUCAUAAAAUGAUGAUGGCUACAAAUUAUAACCAAGAUUCCCAUAUCAACAUCUAUACAUGUAUGGAUACAGUACAAGAGUACUAAAGUCAUGCAAGCUAAAAUUAUUUACUAUCAAUAGGAAAAUAUUAGAUA